ACAUUUGCCAAAGUGUCCACUUUGUCGUUUUAAAAUAUGAAGUGAAAUAUAUUUGUCAUCUUAGCAACCAAAUGGCGAUGCUGAGUGAACGUCUACCAUGUGCUCACAAAAUGCUACCAAUGUCCACUCUCAUAGUGAAACAUCAAUUGUUAUAUAAACCUUCCAGAAAUUCAACAACAAACACUCAAUAAGUCAAAGUCAUCCUAUAAUAUUUCUCCACGGUCUCAACUUGCCGCAAGUGUGAGUAAACAAGCUCCACUCUAUGCAGGCCCAGCUGUAAUAAUCCUUUUACUCACUUAGUUCUUCCCCCCCGUACACACAACGGCAUGGCUUAUGUGCAUUGUAAAUAGACAGGCUCCAAACAUCCCCUCAUAUGUGGACGGAUGAAUGUUGUAAAAAAUGGACAGACUGGUGUUUCAUUCCUGAUAUUUCACCGAAAGGAAAUGAGAGAAAUAAUCUGUUUGGGGUCAAAAUGUCACCAUCUUAAAACCUUUAAGAACCGUUUCUCUGAACGGGGUAGGAAAAGUAUGGCCCCGGGGAUGUGGAACAGCCUACCAGGGUCUUUAAUCCGGUCUACUAAGAGUUUAGAAAGAUAUCGUCAGCCUACUAGCAUAAUUGUUUGUCAUUUUUACAAACAUUUUUAAGGAACAAGAAGGAAAAAAACCCCAAAUUCAACAAACAAAAAUUGUUUCAAUGUCGUGCAAGUGUAUAAACGCCAGCCUGUUAUCAUUGGUCACAUGACUCUGCCACCAAUUGUUGCUCCGCCUUACGAGCAACAAACCUCAGUGGUCCCGUCAUGCUCUUUUAAUGGACUUCUUACUAUACCCCAACAACACACAUCAAUGUCUCGUCACUCUAACAAACAACGAGGAGUGAUGUCACUCUUUUCCAUCCUAUAUGAUGUUGGUUUUGGCGCUUUCAGCGUUGAUGGUUUUAAAGUGCUCGUCUUGUCUUUCCGCUCGGACUGACCGCUCUCGACAUGGUGAGAUGUUUCGUUACGGCCUUUCAUUUUGGUUUUGUAUUUUUGGGGUUAAGCUGCACAUUUGAACUCCUGACUGCAAAAAUUGAGGCGACAAAGACCAGAGGAGCAAAACAAAUUAAAUAGUUGCUCGUCCAUUCAAUUUGAUUUUCAUUUUAUUAUUUUGAGCGGAAGCUUUUAGGACGAGUCCCUUCCGAACGUGAAUGACGAGUCCGAAUCAAUAGGAGAUGCGGUCACGCAUGACAGAGUCUGGGAAAAAAAAAAAAGGAGGAAUCAAGUAAAAAGGGGAAGUUAGGUAAUGCUCUUCCACAGGAAAUGAAGUUAGAUGGGGCGUAUUGACUCGGCUUCGCAAUACAGUCAACAGAUAAAGGUCGCCGCAGAAGAGGAGGAAGGAGUGAGGAUGAGGGUGGGUGGAGGGUGUUCAAGACAGAGAGCGAAAGGGAGGGUUUGACUAUGCGAGCGAACAAGGAAUUCCCCCGCCCCUGCUUCCCCGGAUAAAAUGCAGUGUGUGUGAAAGAGAGUGCGAGCGAGUAGGCAGACUUGCCCGGGCAAACUGCAAAGUGCUCGUCCAUGUUUGACUUCAGCCACCGCUGCCGCUUAAAAAUUGUUUCGUCUGCUAGCCGCCUUGUAUGGAUGUAUUGUCAUCAUCUCUGGAAUAAAACAGUGGCAAAUGAAGAGGUCACCCGGUGGAGAAGCGAUGACAGCGAGGGGCCCUGAAAGACUUAACUAAAGAAACAGUUCAGAGGAGGGGGGGGGGGUGGGCAGAGGAAACCCAAGGAAGAACGGAGAGACUGUCUUGUCCAGAGGAAAGCCAAGCUUCAUGACAAGAUGAAGCCAAUCAAAAAGCGUUCCCCCCCCUCCACCCGAGCCAAAGGGGGAAAACGGCGGGGUGCUAGCGAGGCCCCCGAAGGUGGCGAGAAAAGAGACUCUGAUGAAAACCGAGACAGAAGCACGCAAGGCCAAGAUCACUUCUUUUUCUCAUCAGAGUCCGAGUCGUCCGACCCAGUCAGAGCCCGCGACUCUUCUGACGGAGAAUCUCUUGUCAUUGACUCUGGGAAAUUGCUCGCGUCGUCCGACGAUCGAUCUGGACAUUCGGCAUUGAGUGCUGGGAGCCACAGUGACAGCAAUGCCAGCAGCUGCAGCAACAGCAGCACACCAAGCGCAAACAGCAGCCCCAAUGCCACGUCUAGUCGGAAAACCGCCACCUUUAAGACCCGUGUUCCCAAGAAAAAGUACACAUCUGAACACUGUUCUAUCUUUCCUGACGGUCACUUUGCCUCCAGGACCCCCCCUCCUCUUCUUGUAAGCGGCGGAGCCCUGAACCAGGGGUCAUCACGUUCAGGUAGUCCCAUAAGUGUUUCACACCCUGAUGGCAAUGGUCGGGGCCUGAUGGCAGAUGGCAGAGAACCACAUCAGGACUGUUCCCCGGGACCGCCUAUCCUGUCACUACGAGGGGAACGGGAAAGGCCAGGAGUGGCAGAGGUGGUCAGGGAUGCCGAGCAAGUGUCGCCCAGUCCUCUGCCCCGCUGCUCCUCCACCGACACGGCUAGUGAGCACUCAGGAGACCUGGAGGUGGUCGCAGAUGUUUCCUCACGCCCGCCCAGCAGUCUCCCCGACUCGCUCUCUGACGCCCUGGCCAAGGGACUCAAAAAUCAGCGAGUCCUGGCCCGUCAGCUCCAGGAUAGAGGAGCUGAAAGGAGAAACGACGGGCAUAAUUCCAACUUGAUGUUCUGCGCCGGUGUGGUCCGUCGAGUCAACAGUGAAUACGGAAGCCUGGAAGUGCAACUGAAUGGGGAGAAAACGCUCUGCCGUUAUCCUUAUCGGCACAUCAGCCACCCGGAGAUUGUAGACAUCAUCCUCGAUGCCCCUCCGCCCGGCGUGCACCCUAUUCCGCUUGGCACCCGCGUCUGUGUGCCUUUCAGCAACGAGCAAGGCGCCAAGUGCCAGUGGUACCGGGAAGGCAUGGUGACUCAGGUGGAUAGUCACCCAGCCGUGGUGAAUUGCUACCGUGUUCUAUUGUCUGAGGAGAAAGCUUCAUUUCUGAAUGAGGAUGAGGAUGACAGGGUAGCUGCUAGAGCCACCCAGGCCGUGUGGGUGUCCAGGCAAACACUCCGUCUCCUGGUGCCACCUUGGGACCUGGGGUUACCAGCAAGAGAGACAGAAGUAGGUGCUCGAGAUAACGAAAUGGCGCCGGAAGACAGGGAUGAGAUGGACGUGGAGCAGGAGGUAUGUCGUCUCAGCCGGGGGAUGACACCGGUUGUCGGAUCCUUGUUGGGGAGGGUGUACCCUCCCAUGGUUCCUGUCUCCUCCACAGCAGGACACAGCAUUACCACUCCAGUCACACCGGCCUCAGUCCUCACCCUGGCUCCCGGCCGGGAGUGGGACAUUGAAAAAGAUCUUGGAAGAGAGAGGGAUCUUCAGAGAAAGCAGGAAAGAGAAAGGGAGAUGAUUGCAAAGCAACAGCAGCAACAUCAUUCGUACAUGCCACUCACCCCCGAGGAAGACAUGGAGGUGUCUCGCUUCAACAUGGUCCCCAUGGGAGCACUUAUACCGGGACCCAAACCCAUAGCAGUUCCUCAGCACCGCCAUAUUGUCUCUAAGCCCCCACCCGGCUACCUCAAUCCUCACCUGUCAGUGGUGCAGGGAAUUGGAAUUCCCUCUGGGCACCUUGCCCUAAACCCUCACCCACCUCCCUCCCCGGUCCUGCUCGGUCUGGACCCGGCCGUGGCGGCCGUGGCAGCCAGUACCACUGUUAUUUCCACGGCACAACUCCCGCCUCUGCCUCCUAUGUCCUCCAGCAUGUCCACCUCCAGAGUGGAGAAAGCAUCAGGUGGUGGCUCAUCCAGUGGAGGUGGCGGUUCUGGAUCAGGUUCCACUUCCUCCUCAUCUUCACGUUCGCGGACCCCACUGACAGCCGCCCAGCAGAAGUACAAGAAGGGAGAUGUAGUUUGCACGCCUACGGGCAUUCGUAAGAAAUUCAACGGUAAGCAGUGGAGGAGGUUGUGCUCCCGCGAAGGCUGCUCCAAAGAAUCCCAGCGCCGAGGAUACUGCUCCAGACACCUCUCCAUGAGGACCAAGGAAAUGGAAGCCAGCGGGGGGAUCCGGGAGCGAGGAGGAGCCAGCAGCACAGGGACCUUGACACCGUCAGACCUACGACUAAGCGGCGGCCGAGCCAGCUCCGAGUUUGACUGGGACGAGACUUCCCGGGAAAGCAGCGAGGCCAGCAGUCGUGGAGGAGACUCCCGGCCCCGUCUGGUACUGCCCUCCCUGCUCCCCCAGGACCUUUCCCGCUUUGACUUUGACGAAUGUGAAGCGGCGACCAUGCUGGUUUCCUUGGGUGGUUCCCGUUCAGGCACGCCCUCGUACUCACCCAUCUCCAACCAGUCCCCCUUCUCCCCUACCCCCUCGCCAUCUCCCUCACCACUCUUUGGCUUCCGCCCGGCAAACUUCAGUCCCAUCACCGCUCCUUCCUCGCGGCGCCAUCGCCAGCUAAGUGGCACAAAAUUGGGCACCCUGGGAGCAGAACGGGAACGCCACCUCUCGGGCAUUGUGCCCACUUGUCAGACCAACCUCACUUUUACAGUGCCCAUGAGUCCCAGCAAGAGAAAGCUGGACAGUCACCCGCCUCCUCCACUGCCAGCCGUCCACGACUACCAGACCAAACCAGAGCAACAGCAAAUGGUGACUGUAGGGGGAGGUGUCGGGGGUGAUUUGAACCUCGGACCUGCUGCCUUCAGAGUCCUCUCGCCCCAGAGUCAACCCACAACCCCUUCCUCGCUGACUUUCCCACGCCCACGAAGCGCCACCAGUCGUCCGCCGUCGUCCGCCGCGUCCACUCCCCCACCCAUGCUGGUUUCUCCCACGCCCCCUUCCCCGCUACCCCAGGAACCUUCUCCGCGUCGCAUCGUGCCCCUGCGGGAUUCUCCAGUUAUUGUCCGCAACCCCGACGUCCCCCUGGCCAAGUUUUCUGACGGCCUCCUCGCAAGGAGGGAGCGGAGUCGAUCCAGGGAGCUGAUCCAGGCCCAACACGCGGUCCCCCCAGGCCUGCAAGCUCCUGUUCCCAUAAACGGAGCCACGACCAAUGGUGCUGUUCUCCUGCGUAACCCUGCAUCAGCCCUAGUCCUGGUCACGUCCAGCUCGUCCCUUACCCCGGCCUCAGCUGGCCAUGCCGCCCUCUCAAGUUCCUCUGCUACCGGGUCAGCGACGACCACCGCGGGCCCCAUCCUGUCCUCGUCAGGAUCCGGUGGCAGGGAGAGGAAGCCUGAGGGGCACCAGGAGGUCACAGGUGGGGCCUUGCCACAGCCGGUAGCGUGUCACCCGACACCCACGGCCCUCCUGCCGCUCAUUCUGCCCGCCGAAUCGCACCCGGCACCCCGCAAGCAGAUCAUCAUGGGACGACCUGGCACGGUGUGGACCAACGUGGAGCCUCGCUCUGUGCCCGUCUUCCCUUGGCACUCGCUCGUCCCUUUCCUGGAGCCCAGCCAACCGGGUACGGCCGCCCCGGCAGCCAUCGACGGCCAACAGCUCGUCAAUCAAAGCCGAGAGCCUCGUUGCGGCGUGGCCCUGGUGGGCGACGGGCGACCCCUCGACCCGGAGAGGGCGUCACCUUUGCGUCCGCCUCCGACCAAUAACAACGCACCUGCCGAGAGGAGCGGGGCCGACAGCGAGACUGAGAGCGACACCGACGACCCCUUCUCCCCCGGCGUGGCUGCCAACGACGCAUCGCCCUCACGUGGCACCGCCAAGAGACGCACGCAGUCCCUCAGCGCCCUCCCAAAGGACGCAGAAAGGAAGAGGGAGAAAGACCACAUCCGCCGGCCCAUGAACGCCUUCAUGAUCUUCAGCAAGCGCCACCGGGCUCUGGUGCACCAGCGACACCCCAACCAGGACAACCGAACCGUCAGCAAGAUCCUGGGCGAGUGGUGGUACGCUUUGGGUCCCAACGAGAAGCAGCAGUACCACGACUUGGCCUUCCAGGUGAAGGAGGCCCACUUCCGAGCCCAUCCCGACUGGAAGUGGUGCAACAAGGACCGCAGGAAGUCGCUGUCUGACGGCCGCGGGGCCCCCAAGGAGGCGCGGGAGAGGAGCAUGUCCGAAACCAUAGAUCCGCAUUUGGAGUCUCAGGCGCUGGAGGGCAAGCUGCUGAGCUCGCCGUGGAACUGCGGAGGCGAGCGCCAAGCGGCGGGGGCUUUCGGCGGCCAGCAACCCCGUCCCAGAGCUUUUUCCCACAGUGGCGUGCACGGCCUAGAGAAGGAUGACGGGCCUGUUUUUUUCCGCAACCAGCAACUGCCGCCGUCAUCCCACCAUCACGGCGGCGCUAGCGAGGAUGUCACCAGUGACGAGGAACGUAUGGUCAUCUGUGAGGAAGAAGGUGAUGACGAUGUCAUGGGGGACUCGUGUCGUGAAGGCUCCAUUGACCUCAAGUGUAAGGAGAGAGUGACGGACAGCGAUGAGGAUGAGACCGAUGGCCAGCCUGGCUUCCAGCCUCUGGCUCACUCCUCCCUCGCCUCCCCCUCGCCUCCCGCCCCUCACGACCAGUGCGAGAGGAAGAUGUGCGUCGAUGCGGCAGAGGAGGACACUGAGGGCGGCUCCGUUGCAGGAGAAAGUGGAGGGGCGGCCUCCUUGCCAGUCGGCGGCUCCACGCCUGUCACCCAGGCUGCGCUGCGUCCCGUCGAGGGCAUCGUCACCCCUGGCUCUCCGCUGCGAGAUAAGAAAGCCGCCAUCCUGAUUGCAGGGACGCAGCUGCCAAUCACCGCAGGGGCCUCCCCUGGCUCUUUGGCCCCCCCUCUUGCUGUAAUCAGACCCACCGCCACGACUUCCCCCGUCCUUCCACCCUCCGCUAGUGGUGGCAAGUGCAUCCUGCCAGCCCCCCAGACCCCCUCUCCGCCUGAGCUCACCUACCAGCAAGCAGGCUCUGCGCCCACUGACACGCCCCCGUCGGCCAAUGGUACGCCGCACUCGGGGGCGGGAAUGACGGGAAGCAGAGCCCAGCUGCAGAGUAAGAUGCCGGUUCCCAUGGCGACACCUCCAAAUGCACCCGUCUCCUUGCUGGCGGCGCCGCCGCCUCUUCCUGUGCAAAAUGGCCCCGCUGCAGGAAACAAGAUCAUUCAGAUUUCUCCCAUGCCAGUGGUCCAAAGCAGCGUUCACCCUGGGAGCGCCUUUCCUGUUUCCAUGGCUACAGCGAUGGCUCCCGGCAGCGUGCCCCCACAGACCCUCCUCCUGACCACGCCGCCCACCAGGAUUACCUACGUCCAGUCCAGUCUGGGCGUUACCACGACGAUCGCCCAACAAGCCCAGGUCCCGCCGUUGCCGGGUGCUGCCUUUCUUUCGUCUCCUCUGACCACAUUAGGCUUCACUGCCAUCGCGCCAGCCGGGCACCCGCUGUUGGCGCCAACUCCCAAGACCACCUCGGCCCCCACCACUACCCGGCAGGUUCUGACUACCAUCUACCCCGCCGGCCCUACCGCUUCAUUAGCGUCCGGCUUGCUCAGCAUGACAACCACAUCUCCCGCUGCAAAUGCUUCGGAUGUGGCCAAGCCCUCCUCCGCGACGGAAGUCGAUCUGAAGAAAGAGCUCACCGAGCCGGACAUCAAGGUGGAAGGAGAUCAAGACGCCAAGGAGAUUGAAGAAAAUCAAGACGACGAAAGUCGGUUCAUCAAGGAGGAAAGUGUCAAGCUGGAGGAGAAGAUGAAGGAAAGCAGGGAUGACAAACAAGGACAAGUAUUGGACGAAAAGAAAGAGGUCGGAGCUCAUUCGCCACCUCCGGCUCCUCCUCAGCCUCCAUUGUCAGGUUUAGAUCCCCCGCCGCAUCAGUCUGCUGAAAAAGAGCCAGCAGCGUCCUCCAAGAGGAUCAAGUUCCGCCCUCCGCCGCUCAAAAAAACGCCCGAUUCUCACGACAACAGGCUAUUGUCGGAGACGUACUUUGAGGAGCGUUUUGCUGAACUGCCCGAGUUCAACCCGGCGGAGGUGCUCCCCUCGCCCACCUUGCAGAGUCUGGCCACGUCCCCUCGAGCCAUCCUGGGCAGCUACCGCAAGAAGAGGCGCAACUCCACCGAACUGGAGCCGGCCGCCGAAGACCCGAGCUCGCCGAGGAGGAAGACCCGCCGCCUCUCCAGCUGCAGUUCGGAGCCCAACACUCCGAAAAGCGCCGCCAAGUGCGAGGGCGACAUUUUCACCUUUGACAGAGCAGGCAUGGAGGGAGAGGAUCUCCUCGGAGACCUGGACCGAGUACCCUUCUCGUCCCUGCGUAGAACUCUGGACCAGCGGCGGGCACUUGUCAUGCAGCUCUUUCAGGAACAUGGCUUCUUCCCCUCAACUCAGGCCACAGCGGCUUUCCAGGCUCGCUACGCAGACACCUUCCCAACCAAAGUCUGCCUGCAGUUGAAGAUCCGCGAAGUCCGCCAGAAAAUCAUGCAGACCGCCACGCCGGGAACCCUGGAGGCCAGCGGCUACUCUGUCGAGGCCGGCAGUCCCGCGCCACCCCAAAGCUCCUCGGCCUUCAACACGUCACUGCGGGAGGACUCGGGAGGAGGAGGAGCCGAACAUCCGGACGACAAAGUCCGCAAGAUGGAGGAGCCCAAAAGUGAAGGUUUCUAGUAAGUUAGGAUGCAGGCCAUGCUUUCUCUUAAUCUGACCUGGGCAGGGGAAAAAAAAUCUGACAAUGUGGCUUCAACACAACAACGGUGACAAAAAAUACUCAAUAUUAGUAUUUCUGCGCCCAGGUCUGCCCUUGGCACAUUUGUGCCGUACUUUGUAGUCGGGACACGAGCUCUGUGGUACACACACACACACACACACCAUUGUACAGAUGUAAUCUUCAGCAUGAUGCUGACACAUCAGACUGUUACUCUUGGUUGGCAGCAGCCAGGAGCUGCCACCCAGGGCCACAUGCACACAAAAAAGAAAAGGCACUUUGUCACUUGCUCUUGUGCAAAUGCAGUUUAGCUGUUUGUCAGCCAGCCCUCAGUUGCCAUUGACUUGACCUCAUCGUCCGUCCACUCCUCAGCACAGUGGGUCCGGACGCAAAACCACAACCCCGACGACCUCCACUGAUAUUCCACGGCCCCUUGAUGCUGCACACACACACACACACAUCUACACUUAGCAAACACACAAGCACCUACACAUGCAGUCAGUUCGGCGUGUGCGCCGUGACCAAGCCAUGACCCCCCCCCCCUCCUGCACACUUUAGUCAGCGAUUGUAAGGACAAAACGAGAGAUUUCUCCGUGAUUCCUUUGUGACCAAUCUUUGCACCUUCCGUCGUCGCCGUGUCGGAAAAGUGAACCCUCGUCCGUCUGCGCGUUUGGGCACGCGGGCACCCCCGAAAGAGAUUGUUGUCUGACACAAGCUGGAUGGAAGGUUGAACUCCCAGCCAAAAAAAAAAAAAAGUUCAUAUGCAAAGCAGCAAGAAGAUGUCAGAGUAAAAAAAACAAAACGUAACCACACGUGGGAAUGUCCGCCGUCGGAUACGACCUUGCUUUCUCUGGUUCUCGUUUUACCGUGGCCCGUUUUUCUCUCGUGGCUUGUGUUUCUUCUCCAGCAUAAGGUCAAGAAAAUCACACUGACAACAAAGAAAAAAGACUUUGGACUUAGAAUGGGGGAUGUUGAUUUUAAAUGUACUAUCAUAGGAGUGGGGUGUUAACCACCCACCCCCUCCUUCGUUGUGUCUCUUUGUAACAUGUUGAAAUCAGGUGUUUGCACAAUCUGUGCGGGCCGUCUCGCGUGAGAGUGCCGCAAGUUCAAUCAGGAAAGUAUUGUUUUUAGAGAUUGUUUUUGUCCAGCAGACAAUACCUUGUCCCACAUGUUAUCAAUGACCCCCUCUCCCUCCCUCCCUCUCUCGCAAGCGUUGUUAGAAAGUGCCCUUAAGCACUGGUCCCGGGUCAAGCGCUAUGUAGCUCAGGAUGGUUCUGGUUUGGGUUCAGUUCAGGGAAAGCAGAUCCUAGACCAGCCCUGGAGGGCAGUCUCUGGAGCCCUCCCCUCUUCCCACUCUUUUUGACACUUUAUCCUUUCCCAUCAAAUGGUGCAAUAGGACAAUUUUAUUUUUUUUCCUCCGGGGAAUUGGGGGGGGGGGGGGGUUGUUUUUUGUAAGGUUGGGGAGGCUCAGUGCCAUAGAGAAUGACAAGAAGCGCAGUCGAGUGAGUGAGCGCAACGUGAUGCUGUAGUUUACCAAGCAGUAUUAGCGCCAUGCUCCAAAGAACCAGGAAAAAAAGUCAUUUAGCAAGGAAAAACACAAUUUAAUGAGAAUAAAAUUUAAUGACUUGAAUUUAAGGGAGAAUGUCAGAGCUGGAACAGGCAAGUUGUCUCCAUUCAAUCUUUUUUGAUACCGCUCAGAUAAAAAAAAAAAGUAAGGUUAUGAAAAUCGGGGCUGUAUGACUACUGACGUAACAUUACGACUUCAUUCCAGCAGUCUUAUAUAAUGUGUUUUCUUUUGAGUGUGGCCCUAAUAUUCCUUGGUAAUGUCUUAUAGCUAUGGCCUAAAAAGCAAAAUGAGUGACGCGAUUGUUGUUGUUGUUGUUGAAGAGAUUAUAGCGAGUAACUUUACAAAAAAAAGUCUAAACAGUUUGAAUAGCACUUUGUGGCUCUUUGCUGAAGAGUUUGGAGGGGUAGUGAUUGUUAUUAUGGGUAUCGCUUUUAUUUCUCUGUAAACCGUUGGAUGUGUGAAAAUAAUAAUAAAAAAAAAAACCAGACAAAUAUAUCAAUAUACAUAGAGAGAUAUAGAUAUAUUCACCGUGUUUUUUCCAUAUAUGUGCAUUUUAGGUCUGUGUUUGGGUGUGCGUGUACGUUUUGGCACAUGCAGGUAGCGCGUAAACAUGAGCGACCAACCGCCCGUUCUGUCGUCACGCAGCAACAGCCGAGGACAAAAUUAUAUUUUUCACGCUAGACAGUAUUUUUAUAGUCGCCACGACUAUUUUGUCCGCCAUGUUGACUGUUAUCAGUUACAUUCAGGAUCGAUACAAACGGUAUAUUCAGGCUUUCCGAUACACGCGGGUCAAAGAAGACUAUCACAUCCCCCGAGAAAAUGGGGGUCAGGGUUGCCAUGUGCCCCGUCUGCAUGCAUGUGCAAUGGCAUGUAAACACCCGCACAGACGUAUGUGUACACGCGCGCACGCACGUCUGUCAUGCGCGUGUACUGUAUGAUUGUGCUUGGAAAAGGAAUUUUAGGAUGAGUGAGGCGAGUGCGAUGUCAUAAGCAGGCAUGUUGACCAUGUGCAAUAUUUCUAAACGAUGACAGGAGAAAAAAAAAAGAACUAAAUAUUGAAAAUAUUAAAGAUCUAACACAAGGCCA